AUGAAGAGGGCGGCGCCGUCGGUGGAGCCACUCGACGUGUCUUCCGGCAACUCCUCGGGCUCGGAUUCCGACCAAUUAGGCGGGAAGGAGAAGGGCGGGAGCGCCUCCAAAGCUUCUGCUGCUGCUGCGGGAGAAGAUACGAAGAGGGUGGUGCUACAUAAGGAAUCCCAUGACGUAUCUUCCGAUGAUGACUUGAGCUCGGAUUCUGACGACGGUGCUGGGAAGGGGAAUGGUUGGAGUGCCUUUGGGCUGCCCAAUUCCUCCAAUGCUUCUUCGGUGGCAGAAGGUGCUCUGAUCAGGAGGGCCGAAAUGUAUCAGCAAUACAUGAAGCACAUUCCUGUUCCUGCUUACUGUGAUUCUGUAAUCACAUUCACAUCAUGGCUGGGACUCGCUGGAUCUCUAAAGCAGUUGUAUGAACAACCCUUGCAUUACCUCACCAAUGUCCUCCUAAAAAAGUGGGAUCAGCAAAGGAUUGGGAGUGAUGAUGAGCACCGGCGUCUGGAUGCUAUCAUCCACCCUGUCAGAGCUGAGACCCUAAUUUGGGCCACUGAAGAGGUCCAUAGGCUGACCACCUCUGGCCAGCGCUUAGCUACGGCCAAGUCAAAGAAGAAGAAAACUGGUGUGGAUUUUAGUGCUUUGAGCCGGCAUGGAUACCAUGGUGGCCCAUCUGUCUUGACAGUUCGUCCAGUAGAGGAAGCUAACUGGUCUUGGUCCACUGGGAAAGACCGCAAUGACAAAGAAGAUGCACCUGAGUCCUACGAAGAACGCGAGCGGACCAGGGCUGCAGUGACCGAAGGAGAGAAGCUUAUCGGUCUGCAGAACGCGCCGCCGAACCAGUUAUUAUUAGAGAAAGACAAGAAGGAUGCUUCCUUCUCACAGAAGGAGAAGCGGAAGAGGGACCGUGGGCAAGCCAGCAGGGGGAAGAACUAUGUUGAGGAGGAGAAGCGGCUCCUGAGGGGGAGUGGCGUGUACUCUGGCUUUGAUACUUAA